UGGGGCCGGGUCGUCAUGGCGACGCGCCACGCUAACGCAUGGUGUCGGAGGGAGGCCCACUUGCUGAACAGCAGGGAGCGAUGGCGCAGAACGUGUAUGGUCCGGGAGUCCGGAUAGGCAACUGGAAUGAGGAUGUCUACCUGGAGGAGGAGCUCAUGAAAGACUUCUUAGAGAAGAGAGACAAGGGGAAACUUCUCAUACAGAGAAGUAGAAGACUAAAACAGAAUCUCUUGAGACCGAUGCAACUUUCCGUAACUGAAGAUGGCUAUAUUCAUUACGGUGACAAAGUGAUGCUUGUGAAUCCUGAUGAUCCUGACACAGAAGCUGAUGUGUUUCUGCGUGGGGACCUGAGCCUGUGUAUGACUCCAGAUGAAAUUCAGUCCCAUCUGAAAGACGAAUUAGAGGUACCCUGUGGCCUGAGUGCAGUUCAAGCCAAGACCCCAAUUGGCAGAAACACGUUUAUCAUUUUGAGUGUACACAGAGAUGCCACUGGUCAAGUCCUUAGAUAUGGGCAGGACUUUUGCCUGGGGAUAACAGGAGGAUUUGACAACAAAAUGUUGUAUUUAUCAAGUGACCACAGGACCCUCCUGAAAUCGUCUAAGAGGUCUUGGCUGCAGGAAGUGUACCUAACAGAUGAGGUCUCCCAUAUGAACUGCUGGCAGGCUGCCUUCCCUGACCCCCAGUUACGCCUGGAAUAUGAAGGCUUCCCCGUCCCGGCAAAUGCUAAAAUUCUCAUCAAUCACUGUCACACAAAUCGGGGACUGGCAGCCCACCGGCAUCUUUUCUUAAGCACCUAUUUUGGAAAGGAGGCUGAGGUUGUAGCUCACACAUACCUGGAUUCACACAGAGUUGAAAAACCAAGGAACCACUGGAUGUUGGUUACUGGGAAUCCCAGGGAUGCCUCGUCCUCCAUAUUGGAUCUUCCCAAACCACCUGCAGAGGACACUCGAGCCAUGGAGCAGGCCAUGGGCCUUGACACGCAGUAACACGCCAGGCACGUGCAUGUUUUCCCUGGUCCCGCUCUCAUCAAAUGUAGCUUUAAAAGAAAUUAACAACCUUGGUCAUGCCUCAAGCUAUUUUUGAAUCAGAUGUGGAACUCUCUGGGCACUAUAUUAAAAUAAAGAUUACAUUAAGAUUAUUCAAUUUGUGGUGGGAGUCUAGGGCUGAAGAAAAACAGCUGUGGAGAAUAAAUAGUAUUUGAAAGUGAUAAACAAUAGCCUUUUGUUGAUAAACAAAUUCUGAAGAACUCAGCUUCCUCUACUUAUAUCCUUUGUUGUCUACAAGGACAAUGCAUUACUUUUUAAAGUUAUGUCUAUGUAAUAAAGCUGUUGGAACUAUA